UGGUGAACGCUGGUGUCGAGCUUACUCAAUCUGGCACUCUCCCGUCUGUGCCGCGCUCAGUGAACUGUUCCAGUGCUAAUAGGGUGUCUUUGUGAUCGGAUGCUUAAGUGAUAUAGACAGCCACUAUGCCGCGUCCUUCACGCGAGAGUUACGGGGAUCAGAAGCCGCCGUACUCGUACAUCUCCCUGACGGCCAUGGCCAUCUGGAACAGCCCGGAGAAGAUGUGCACGCUGGCAGAGAUCUACAAGUUUAUUAUGGACAACUUCCCCUACUACCGCAAGAACACUCAGCGCUGGCAGAACUCCCUGCGCCACAACCUCUCCUUCAACGACUGCUUCAUCAAGAUACCCCGCCGGCCAGACAGGCCCGGCAAGGGCGCCUACUGGACUCUACACCCGUCCGCCAUGAAUAUGUUCGAGAACGGCAGCUUCCUCCGCCGCAGGAAGAGGUUCAAGAUACCCAAGCCCGAGAAGGACGCCCUCGAGGCCGGCCUCGCGCAGAUCAACAAUCCUCUGCGGUGUCUGGAGGCUUCACGGUGCUCGGGGGAGACGCUGCUGGGGGGCGGACCCGGGGCUCUGCAGCACCUGCCGCAGCAGACUAAACAGCCCUUCACCGUGGAGAGUCUGGCAGCCUCGGACGCCAAGCUGCCGCAGCACCUGCCGCCCAUGCCGCCGGUGUCGCUGCCCAUGGGCUUCCUGCCGCACCCGCUGCCGCACGCCUCCCUCACGCACCGCCCGCUGCCCUUCCCGCCCACCGACGCCAUCCCUGCCCACCCGCCGCCCACGCUACCGCCCACCACCCAGUAUUCGCCCUACCCGCCGCUGCCGCACAUGCUGCCGCACCCGCCUCACCUCGCCCCCUCCCUGCAUCACCUGUACGCCGCUGCGGCCAUGGCGGCGUCGCUGGCGCCGUGCGGAGGGGCGGCGCCCUUGGUGAGACCCGCCGCAGUGCACAUGUCGCAUCUCACUCUGGCCUCCCUCUCUGUCCUCAACCCCUUCACCUCCUCCCUGCCGCUGCGGCCGCAGGCGGUGGCGCCGCGGACCUCCACGGCCGCCCUCUCCGCAGUCCUGGCCUCCACGGCCUCCGACUACUCCGUCUCCCGCCUCCUGGGCAGCUGCUCUCCUCCGACGCAGCUGCUGAGGAGCCCCAUGGUGCCCCCAGCAGCUGCCCUGGCGCUCCACGACUCACGUCUCCACGACCUCAGAUCUGACGACGAAGACGACGACGACGAGCCUAUCCACGUGGAGGACGACGACGCAGAAGAGACUCCAGCAGACACCAGAAUCCCCUCCAGAAUGACCGAGGUAGCAGAGGGGGCUGCGUCGCACUCCAGCACCCAUAAGCUGCCAGCGCAGGAGAGAGGGCCACGGGGGCCACCAGCCGGGGGCCCCCAGCAGGUGCCCUCAGAGGAACUCUUCCUCCGCACGUCCCCGUCCGUCCGGUCCAUCUGACGGUGACAGUGUACCCGCGACACAGCCCCCCACAGCAGCCUCCCCCACACGGCACCCACACUACUCCACGCAUGAUCUUCUAGUCCACAGGCCGGGAGCCUCGGGUCGUGUGGCUCCUGUUAAUUACUUUCCCCAUGAAGAGGUUCUGUCGGGAUCCCCCCCCCCCAAUCCCUCCUCCUCACGUGAAGUCUGGAACUAUCCUACUCUAACAAGCAAGUGUUUGGCUUGUUGUAUUCCCGCGUGCCAACCAUCUGUGAGAGGAAGUGUGUUGUUUGUCUGGAGAGGUUCCAGGUGAUCUGAGACACGCUGGACUGAUAAACGUGGAGGAGACAUCUUCACCAGUGAUUGAUAAAUUAAACCUUAUAUAUAUAUAUA